AUGGGAAAGGAAAAGACCCAUAUCAACAUUGUCGUUAUUGGACACGUCGACUCCGGCAAGUCAACCACUACUGGUCACCUGAUCUACAAAUGUGGUGGAAUCGACAAAAGAACCAUCGAAAAAUUUGAGAAGGAAGCUGCUGAGAUGUGGAAGGGCUCCUUCAAGUAUGCCUGGGUCUUGGAUAAACUGAAAGCUGAACGUGAGCGAGGCAUCACCAUUGAUAUCUUCCUGUGGAAAUUUGAGACCAGCAAGUACUAUGUGACCAUCAUUGAUGCCCCAGGACACAGAGACUUUAUCAAAAACAUGAUUACAGGAACCUCACAAGCUGACUGUACUGUCCUGAUUGUUGCUGCUGGUGUUGGAGAAUUUGAAGCUGGUAUCUCUAAGAAUGGAAUGGACGAUCCAUAA